AUGAGGGGGAUGGGGCUGUUGUUGGGGUCAAUGUGCCUGGUUUUGGCUGGGCUGGCGGGGGUGGCUGGGCAAGGUGAGACGGGCGUCGAGCCUAUGUUGUAUGUGGAUGGUGAUGGCACUUUGCACAUCAACAGCAGCAGCAGCCGUGAUGGGGGCGUCGCGCGCGUGUUGAUUGACGGGGUUGACGUUUUACAAGAGCUGGCCGAGCAGCGUCAGCUGAUUGGCUCCUUUGAGAAGACGGUCAACACCCUGGCCGCCAUGACGUUGGUGGUUCACUCGGGCGACGUCGGGUGUGACUUGGCAGUCCCGCCCGGUGUUACUCAGAUUCAGGGCAACAUCAAGCUCGUGGCGUGUACCGUGCUCACGGCCACCGAUCUUAUUUGGUCGCUAAGCCGCUUGACCUCGGUUACCGGUGACCUUAUCAUCCAGAACACGUUGGGAUUGACCAACCUGGACGCUUUCAGCCAGCUGACCAGCGUUGGAAAAGAUCUCUUUCUUCGGAGCAACGCGGACCUCAGUAAUAUCAAUGGAUUACGGGCGCUCAAGCUGAUUUCAGGCAACCUGAACAUUUUCAAAAUUAAUUUGCUGACCAACAUUGAUAGCCUCUCAAAACUGACUCGAGUUGAAGGCUUUAUCCACAUUGAGAGCAACGCCAAUAUCGAGCACCUAGAUGGCCUGUUCAACUGUACCACCAAACAGGGGUUAGCCGUAUCUGCGAACCUUGCCUUGACCAACAUCGAUGGCUUGAGCAGAAUUACUACGUGUUUAUAUCUGCGGAUCAAUGUUUGUCAACACCCAUGGCUGUACUUGCUGAAUGGUUCAUGGGAAGCAAAGGGCAAGGGUACGCAGCGGCAUCUGAACAACGACAAUCCGUUGCUGACCAACCUGGAUGGACUUUCCAACCUUUACAGCACGGGCAGCGUCACAAUCCAGAACAAUGGGAGGCUGCUGAACGUUGACGGUCUGGCUCGGCUUGACUCUGUAUCCUACUACGUGGUAGUUCGCAACAACCCUCUGUUGGUCAACCUCAUCGGCCUCAGCAACCUCAGGCACAUUUCAACUAACCUCCGCAUUCAGACAAACGGCAAUUUGACAAGCCUCGAGCUGCACAAUCUCAACUAUGUCGGAACCUAUGUGGAAGUGUGUGAGAAUCCUUUGCUAAAUAUGUCGGCAGCUGCUAGCUUGCUGGCCGGUCUCGAGGUUCCGUGCCAUGAGGAUCUCGCGACGUGCGUCACGUGCGAGUGUGAGAAAAGAUGCUCGGCAAUCCGCUUCAACGCUCUCUUCCGCAAUCCGCUCGCUAAACCUUACAGUUUCCUCGCUAACUGCUCCUUUCAGUUUCCGCUAUCCGCCGCCUUGCUCGCGGAGACGUCAACGGUAAUCAAGGUGUUCAAUGCGCAAUUCUCAAUUUCUGCCCUGGAGCAAUCCCUCACCAACCGCAAUGCCUUUGAGACGUGGUCCAACGCCUGCGGACUACCUCCUUUGAUUGUGCUCGAUGGCAGUGCUGAUAACAACGAUGAUGGAUUCGACGCCGGUGACGACGAUUUUGAUACCGCUUCCAGCACUACCCCGCGUCCGACCUCCACCUCUACUCCCAUCCCAGGCCUUGAGCAUCCUCACCUGUGCCACUUGAAGCUUGCUGACACGUCUGGCCGGGUUGACCUCACCACAGAAACCCCCAACAAGACGCUGAUCUACCCCUCCAUCUCGGGUUACCUCAAGGCUGAACUCGACCCCUGCGCAAAAGCCAAUACCUCGUUUGUCUGUCUCGACCACAACCUCAAUCUAACCCAUCAUGCCCGCUUGAUGAUGCGCCUCGUUCGGGCCAUGAGCUGGCGCCAUUUAAUGCUUUUGAACGACAACACCUGCACCCUCUACAACCUCCCGGCAGCACUUCAAUCUGCUCUGCUGGAAGCCGCCGAAGCACAUGACGUUUCCCUGAUUGCCCAUGAGACGGCUUACGAGGCAUCCUGCAGCAACUUGCCCAUUCGUGAACACCCAAUUCAUCUUUUCCUAGCCAGUGAUGUUUACAGUUCGGCCGUGGCAUUCGUGCGCUCGCUCAACUACCACAGCAACGAUCCACGCCUGGUUUACCUUUACCCGGAGGAUAUCAAUCCUGUAUCCUUUGAGACGCUGCUGACCGCCAUGACUCCGUGGGACACGACGGGCGAGCUACGUGCCGUGGCCCGUGCACGAACCAUCAUCGUCACCAGCAAACUGCCUGAGCUACAGAAUCAGCGCUCUGCAUUUCAAAUGAAGGAUGCUGCUGGUAACCCCAUGCUGACAGUCCAGGAACCGGGCGAAGUUGUAUUUUACUCACUCACAGGCCAGCCGUCCUCGGACCUCAUCCUCUUUCCAGCCGAGCCUGAUUUGCUCCCAGCUUCGGAAUACCCUUUGGUGCUUCGUAUUCUCCACGUUGCUUCACGGAUCGGACCUCCCUUGGAAUACGGUGCUGCUGGGGCGGAUGCCAUGAUUGUUGCAGCUUCUGAGUUUCUGGCAGGAAUAUUUCCAGACAUCAAGAUUGAGAUUGUCCGUGCAGAUGUGACGGGCCGAAACUGCAGCGUCAUACUAAGUAUCGCCGAGCAGCAUGCCGUACAUCUGGUUGCCGGCCCGGGCAUGUCGGUCUGCGUCUUGCAAGCCAUGAAUGUCGGCCGCAGCUUGCCUUCGUUGCAAUUUAUUAGCCCCAUCGGCACCAGCGCGGCCCUCUUCAACACCUCUGUCUACCCAAAUUAUCUCAGCCUCACCGCGUCCACACUCAAGCUCGGUGCCAACCUCUUCAACCUGGUUUCCGCACUUGGCAAGCCCGAUUGUGUAACCCUUGUUCACGACUCUUUUCUCACCCCCAACGUGGACGUUACGGAUCGUUUUCGUUCGCUGCUCAGCGCCGAAGGCCAUGACGUGGCACUCGACCUUGUCUUUCCCGCCAGCGCCGAUGAAGUGCUUGUCGACGAGCUGCUCCGUACCCUUUGGGCCAACGGCACAGGCGUCGUUGUCGUGAGUCUGUUUGCGCUUCCGACAUCCGAGUGGGACGUCAACGUGCGCCGAUCCUUGAGUGGACGCCUCAUCUCCAUGAACUUGGACACACCCGAGGGUACUUCUCCGUUUGCCGCUCCAUUUGCAUCUUUCCAGUCUAGCACGGAUCACCGUCGAUUUAUGGCCCAGAUUAUCGACCACGCCUGGAUCAUCAAUGUUGCUGAGAUCGUCAUGAUUACAGCGGUGGCAGCUGAACGCGUCAAGCACACUCACCGGUUUGGACGUGAUCUGAACGCGACGCGUGAGCGGCUGCGCGACUCUGUCUAUGCCAUCCUCGUCAACAACUCGAUUCCGGGACUGUACUACGACCACCUGAAUAUCGAUGCAGAUGGCGAGCUUGGUGCAACAGAAACUGUCAUCUUCGAUGAGAACGGCGAGGUGGUGUCCAUUGGAAAUCCCGAGGGAGACGGCCGCGUCAUGAGCUGGUCCAAGUCUGCGCAUGUUGAGGUCGUGUGCAAACAAGCCCGUGUCGGGGACUCUACGACGAGCACAGAGAUGCGAUUGCUGACUGAGGCAAUUCUGCUCAAUCAACUGCAAGACACGAUCCACGUCGUCAAACUCAUUGGCCUUGUUGUCGAGCAACCAGCACUCAUCCUCGUGUUGGAGUACUGCUCCCUGGGGGACCUGGCCCACGUGCUGCGCUCUGCGGUGGAGGACAACCGCCAAACGUCGUUUGCAGUCAAGAUGCGCAUGGCCCAGGACAUUGCUCGGGGCAUGGCCAGCUUGACUCGAUACUCCAUCGUGCACAGCGACUUGAGCGCUCGCAACGUAUUGGUUGAUGAAAACUAUCGGUGCAAGGUCUCCGACCUGGGCUUGGCCUACGUUGGCCCGGACAUGCAAGACGUGGGGACCAUCACCGCCAUACGGUGGGCAGCACCAGAAGUGCUUGAAGGUUCCAUCGGCCCACAAAGUGAUGUCUGGUCGUUCGGUAUCGUACUGUAUGAGAUUAUGACUGAUGCGGCAGCACUUCCGUAUGGAAGUCUCUCCAGCUCCGCUGUAGUGGUUGCCGUAAAGGCCGGGUACCGGAUGCCGCGUCCUGUGCGCUGUCCCGUGCCUGUGUAUGAGCUGAUGGAGCAGUGCUGGAGCGAGUACCGCGCGCGACCCAGCUUUCUUCAUCUUGCGGCCCAACUCUCUAGCUUCACCCCGCAGAUGAUGGGGAAACACGCCAGCACCCCAUCGGAGCCGCCAAUCCAAGAGCCCGUGGUCUCUUCGAUUCCAGGCCAAUAUUCUCAGCUCAAACGCCCGGGCAGUGUGCCCGUCGCGCACGACGAUGCCCACGUUCAAGGUCAAGGUCAUGGUCAUGGUCUUGGCCAUGAUCAGGGUCAUGAUCAUAAUCAUGAUGCCAUGUCCCAUGUCCUUGCGCGCAAAUCCAAGCGCCGUAAUCUUGAUGAAGCCCCUCCCACCUAUCUUACGUUGCUAUAG